GCUAUAAUAAUUGCAGUCGCAAACCGGUCGAAAUCCAUCUCCUACGUUGCCAAUUUCACCGGCCCGCUCCUUUCUUCGUCUCUUUCUCUUUUAGCCUUCGAGCCCCGAUCGCCCUCCCCGAUCUUCGGCCAACGCCUCCGACGAUCCCCGAUUCCAUCGAACAAUGAUAAACCUUUUUAAAAUAAAGGGACAGAAGAGGGAAGAUGCAGCAAAUGCCGCUGGAAGGGCUCCCAUCAAGAAACAAAGUGCAGGGGAAUUACGCCUGCAUAAAGAUAUUAGUGAGCUUAACCUACCUAAGACCACAACCAUUUCCUUUCCCAAUGGAAAGGAUGAUCUAAUGAACUUUGAGAUCAGCAUUCGGCCAGAUGAAGGAUAUUACUUGGGUGGAACAUUUAUUUUCACUUUCCAAGUGUCUCCUUCCUAUCCUCACGAGCCACCUAAGGUCAAGUGCAAGACUAAGGUUUACCACCCCAAUAUUGACUUGGAAGGGAAUGUCUGCCUGAAUAUUUUGCGUGAAGAUUGGAAGCCCGUCCUCAACAUUAACACUAUAAUUUACGGCUUGAAUCUUCUUUUUUCGCAACCGAACGAUGAGGACCCCUUGAAUCAUGAUGCUGCUGCCGUCCUACGCGACAACCCUAGGAUGUUUGAAGCAAAUGUGAGAAGGGCGAUGGCCGGGGGCUAUGUUGGCCAAAUCUACUUCCCUAGGUGCAUAUAAUGGUGCCCGUCGAUCAGUGUGCCUUCAUUCGCCACUCCUUCAACAUUGUUGGCCCCAAAAAAACAUUGGAUUUCACUUUAAAUUGUCUUUACCGAAUUUCUGGGCUUGUAUUGUUUCAUGGUGUAAAUACCUUUGAAAUGAGCUAGUAUGUCCUGUGUUGUUAUUAACAUAUCGUAUGCUAUCGGUUGGUAUCUUGGCUCUGUUGUAAAUCGCCAACUUUUGGUUGCUCUCGCACAAUGAGGGACAAACGACAUGCCUAUAUUUAUGCCUUUUAGACUCUUAUGCUACUUUAUGCC